AUGGAAUUUGCCCCGGAACGUGCGUUGGUAAUCACACCUCACCCCGACGACGCCGAGAUGUGGGCUGGCGGGACGAUAGCCAAAUGGGUGAAGGCGGGUGCAGACGUUCACUAUGUGUUAUGCACCGAUGGCGGUAAAGGGACCGACGAUCCUGAAGUAACCUCCGAAGAAUUGGUCGAGAUUCGCAGCCGCGAGCAAAUGGCUGCUGCCGAAAUUCUGGGAGUGUCCAACGUCGUCAUGCUGGGCCGCCCUGACGGAGAGCUGGAGGAUGCGGCGGAUUUCCGGAAAGAACUGGUCAGGCAGAUCCGGUUGGUGAAACCGGACGUUGUGUUGACCACGGAACCCUAUCGGCGCAACAUGCAGUGGCACCGGGAUCACCGGAUUGCGGGGCAGGUUGCCCUGGACGCCGUCUUUCCAUACGCCCGCGACCAUUUACACUUUGGCGACCUGUUCCUCAACGAAGGCAUAGAGCCUCACAAAACCGCGGCCAUCUGGUUUUGGGGGUCUGAAAACCCCAAUGUUUUUGUUGAUGUGGCGGAUGCUCUCGAUGCCAAGCUGGCAGCGGUGAUGGCGUACCGCAGCCAAACGCGCGGGCGUUCCGAAGCGGAAAUGGAAGGAUUCGUUCGCGCCCGGGCAGAACAAAACGCUGAGAUCGGCAACGCAUCCGGCGAGGAAGAUGUUACCGGCCUGGCGUUGGCAGAAGCCUUCCGCAGGGUGACCUUCCGCACCUAG